ACUCUUGUUAUCUUAUUUCUAAUUUCUGUUUGUUUAUCAUUUAAAGUAGAUAGUGGGUAGCGCGCCCGCGCUGAUCGGAAUUUUAAGACAAUUUGAAUUUAAUUAUUUGUUGAAAAGUGAACGUUGAAUGACGAGCGAACAGCGAACGCUACAUCUAUAAUAAUUGGGGACUGAUUUGAAAAGAAUGGAUAAACUGAAAAAGAAUUGGUUUACGGAAAUAUGUGAGAUGUGGCCGGGAGGUGCAUUUUCAUUUGAAGUAAAAGAAGUACUCCAUAGAGAAAAGUCAAAAUAUCAAGAUAUUGAAGUAUUAGACACUACUAGCUUUGGAAGAGUUCUUGUUCUUGAUGGUAUAAUACAAUGCACACAGAAAGAUGAAUUCUCAUAUCAGGAAAUGAUAGCAUUCUUACCACUUUGUUGCCACAAAAAUCCAGAAAAGGUACUGAUAGUGGGUGGAGGUGAUGGUGGCGUUGCUAGAGAGGUUGCCAAGCAUCCCAAAGUUAAGGAAAUCAUUCAGGUUGAGAUUGAUGAAAGAGUUAUUGAGGUGUCAAAGCAAUAUUUACCAUUUAUGGCUGUUGGCUUUGAAAGCAAAAAAUUGAGAUUGCAUGUUGGCGAUGGAUUUGAAUUUAUGAAAAAUCAUAGCAGCGAGUUUGAUGUUAUUAUUACCGAUAGCAGUGAUCCUGUUGGACCAGCCGUUAGUUUGUUCCAGGAGAACUACUUUGCUCUGAUGAAGAGUGCAUUGAAACCGAAUGGUAUUGUUUGCUCCCAGGCCGGCAGUUUCUGGUACAGCAUGGAUUUAGUUGUAAGCACAUUACAAAUAUGUAAAAAUCAGUUUACAAGAGCUGCAUAUGCAAGUACAUCAGUGCCAACAUAUCCAUCGGGACAAAUUGGAUUUGUAAUUGGCUCCUUAGAUGGUGAUGUGCAGUUUGAACAGCCCUCAACAGUUUUUUCACGGCAAGAAGAAAUCUCUAUGAACUUACGGUACUACAAUACCGAUGUACAUAAAGCUUCGUUUAGACUCCCAACAUUUGUAAGAAAUCAACUACAUAAUAAUAUAUAGGUUACAGUACUUAAUAUGCACACUGCAUUUAUUGUUAUUAGGUAUAUUGUGACUUAAGACUCAUUUUUUAUGAUAAGUUUUAGAGAUGUUUAAAACAUGUUUCAACAUUCCUUAAUGCAUUCCUUUUUAUUGCUUAAAUCUAGUACAAAUUAUAUUUAUAUACUUGAUAUACACAUAACAGCUCUUAGUAUUUUCUUUGAGUAGUGUGAGUGUUACACAUUUAAAUCAAUUUGGCCGAAGGACUUGCAUCUGUGCCACUAAAUAAAUAAAUAAAAGAUUUAAAUCAAUUACUUAAAUAUUUCAAUAUUCUUCCAGCUGAUGAUGAUGAAAUUCAAUUACACGCAUUUUAAUCCUUUGAAAAGUAUUUUGUUUAAACAUCAGCUCUUUUUAAUAAAAUACUUUUGGACCAAAUUAUAUUUUGUUUAGAUUUUGUAUCCCACUGAGUAAUGUAAUCAAUAAAUUGUUAUGUUUUUAAAGUGAUAACCUUACUUCUGGGAUUAAUUACACAAACAAAACUGACGAAAAUGAACGAUGCGGGACUCGACCGAUCUCCCGCGUUCCGUGCAAGCGCUCUUUCCAACUGAGCCAUCCGUUCCGAGUGACGUAUCAGUAUACAUUUUAUUGUCAGUUUUAUUUGGGUAAUGUAAUAAAGUAGUAUGAUAUAAUAACUAUUUGCUCAUUGUAUUGUUACAUGAUAAGUUUGAAAGGUUCAUAUUAUGAAUGAUGUUGAUAAUUAUAUUUUUUAUUGAAAUCAAUAAAGUUUAUUUUUAUAUUUUACAA